UUGAAUGAAGUACCGUUGUUUCAAAUCCCCUCAGCCCGAAGUGACGGGGGACCUCAGUACACCGAUCCAAACAUUGAAACACUGAGGGGGGAACUGAAAGAAGACGUGGAAAAAACAAUACAGGGGUAAAAAAUCGGACAUACACUUAAUUCUGCAAAGCAAUGGAUAAGUGGAAGUGAUCUACAUCCAAUGGACUUCAGUCAGCAAAUUCUUCAGCAUCAGCUUCUGCUCUCCCAAUGGAAACUGAAGUUGCAGAGUUGGAAAUGACUUAUUCACGUUGUUUCUGAACGAUGUGACACUGGUCAUCUUUUACAGGCCGAGGACCUUACUGCAUUUCAAACUUUGGGAAAGAGUUGGAGUUUCUUUUCACUGGCUUUCUUGGAGAUUUCUUAUGGGAUGCGGUCAGCGGAUAUGAAGUGACCAACUCUGCUCUUUGCAGAACUCUUUUUAUUUUAGGGGGUGAUUUCAACCGUAUGCCUUUUUAUAUAACUUUUCUUGGACUAAUUUUAACAUUUUAAUUCAUUUGCGACUCAUGGAGUGCGUGUUUGAACGCUAAUAAAUCGGAUUACAUUCAAAUUAACGGAGUCUUCAAUGUAAACUAUUCUACAAAACUCUUAAUAUUCUGGAAAACAUUACAUCUGGAUAUUAUGAAGGAUCAAAAACGCAGAGAAAUCUGAUUUAUUUUUUAUUUUGGCGGAUUACACAAGCAGCUCUCUAAAACGCGAAUAUUUAAACGAUGACGGGGAGAGUAGUUGGAUUCGUGUUUUUUAUCGCAGUUACACACGUUUGCACAGGAUCCCGUCUGCGGCAAGAAGAUUACGCACCCCGCAUUGUUGAACACCCCUCUGACCUGAUCGUAUCCAAAGGUGAACCGGCCACCCUAAACUGCAAGGCUGAAGGUCGUCCCAUGCCCACAGUGGAAUGGUACAAAGAUGGAGAACGAGUGGAAACCGACCGGGACAAUCCUCGAUCCCACCGCAUGCUCCUACCCACCGGAUCUCUCUUCUUCCUCCGCAUCGUACACGGACGGCGCAGCAAACCCGACGAAGGCUCCUACGUUUGUGUGGCCCGUAACUAUCUGGGAGAAGCCGUAAGCCACAACGCCUCGCUGGAAGUAGCUAUUCUUCGAGAUGAUUUCCGACAGAACCCUGUGGACGUGAUGGUGGCAGCUGGGGAGCCAGCCGUCAUGGAGUGCCAGCCGCCCCGAGGACACCCAGAGCCCACCAUCUCCUGGAAGAAAGAUGGGGUCAAUAUAGACGACAGAGACGAGAGGAUAACGAUACGAGGAGGAAAACUCAUGAUCACCAACACCAGAAAAACGGACGCGGGGAAGUACGUGUGCGUGGGAACCAACAUGAUGGGAGAACGAGAGAGCGAGAUCGCAGAGUUGACUGUUCUCGAGAGGCCCAGUUUCCUGCGAAAGCCAAGCAGCCAGUCUGUCCUGGUGGAUCAGAGCGUUGAGUUCAGAUGUGAAGCUCAAGGAGAUCCAGUGCCCACCAUCCGCUGGAGGAAAGAGGACGGAGAACUGCCCAAGGGAAGGUAUGAGAUCUGGGAGGACCACACUCUCAAACUGAAGAGGCUGACUUCAGGAGAUGCCGGUACUUACACCUGUCAGGCGGAGAACAUGAUGGGCAAGACGGAGGCCAGUGCCACCCUCACCAUCCACGUUCCUCCAGUGUUUGUGGUCCGGCCCAGGAAUCAGGUGGCCGGUAUGGGCCGCACCGUCACCUUUCAGUGUGAAGCCACAGGAAGUCCUCAACCUGCAAUAUUCUGGCAGAAAGAAGGCAGUCAGAACCUCCUGUUCUCGUCUCAGCCUCCUCCUCCGUCCAGCAGAUUCUCUGUGUCUCAGACUGGAGAUCUGACCAUCACGGCGGUCGAGCGUUCAGAUGGAGGAUAUUACAGCUGUCAGGCUCUCAACAUCGCCGGCAGUGUGAUCACCAAAGCCCUGCUGGAGGUUACAGACGUGAUUUCAGACAGGCCUCCACCAAUCGUCCGGCAGGGUCCAACCAACCAGACGGUGGCAGUGGAUGGGACGGUGGUUCUGGGCUGCCAAGCCACCGGGACACCGAUUCCCACUAUCCUGUGGAGGAAAGACGGAGUCCUGGUGUCCACACAUGAUUCCCGACUUAAGCAGCUGGACACUGGAGCCCUGCAGAUCCGCUACGCAAAGCUGGGCGACACUGGCAUGUACACCUGCACAGCUUCAACCCCGAGUGGAGAGGCGUCCUGGAAGGCCUACCUGGAGGUUCAAGAGUUUGGUGCUCCGGUUCAACCGGGCCGUCCCACAGAUCCCAACCUCAUCCCCAGUGCCCCGUCUAAACCAGACGUCACAGAUGUCAGCCGCACCUCCGUCUCUCUGUCUUGGAAGCCCAACCUGAACACUGGAGCCACGCCCACCUCCUACGUCAUCGAGGCCUUCAGCCAUGCAGCAGGCAGCAGCUGGCAGACGCUCGCCGAUCAUGUGAAGACGGAGAGCUUCGUGCUGAAGGGUCUGAAGCCCAGCGCCGUCUACCUGUUUCUGGUGAGAGCGGCCAAUGCGUAUGGCCUGAGCGACCCCAGUCCCAUCAGCGACGCGGUCAAAACACAAGAUGUCCCACCAACUAGUCAGGGAGUGGAGCAUGGCCAGAUCCAGAGAGAACUGGGAGAUGUCGUCAUUCACCUCCACAAUCCCACAAUUCUCUCAUCAUCUUCUGUCAGAGUCCAGUGGACUGUGGAGCAGCAGUCUCAGUAUAUUCAGGGCUAUAAAGUGAUGUACCGUCCGUCUCCAGAAGGCGCUCUGCAGCGUGUGGACUGGGCCAUGUUUGAGGUCGGAGCCCCGGGGGAGCACAGCGCUGUCGUCACGCAGCUCAAGAAGGGCAGCACCUAUGAGUUCAAAGUGCGCCCUUUCUUCAAUGAGUUCCAGGGCACCGACAGCGACAUCAAAGUGGGAAAGACCCUGGAGGAGGCUCCCAGCGCUGCUCCCAGAGGCGUCACCGUAACAGGAAGUGGAGACAACGGCACAGCAGUCCUGGUCGCCUGGCAACCGCCGCCAGAGGAGGAGCAGAACGGCGUCGUGCAGGAGUACAAGAUCUGGUGUCUUGGUAAUGAAAGCCGAUACCACAUCAACCGCACGGUGGAUGGUUUUACACACUCGGUGGUGAUUCCCGGUCUGGUGGCAGGAGUCACAUACAGACUGGAGGUGGCAGCGGGCACAGGGGCCGGACCCGGGGUCAAGAGCGACCCUACAUCCUUCCAGCUUGACUCUUCUGGCCGCGUUCUCCCGCCACCGCUGGACGACGAUAAUACCAUUUCCCAGCAGAUCUCAGACGUGGUGCGUCAGCCGGCCUUCAUCGCGGGCAUUGGCGCCGCCUGCUGGAUCAUCCUCAUGGUGUUCAGCAUCUGGCUGUACCGCCACCGCAAGAAGAGGAACGGCCUUAGCAGCAGCUACGCCGGCAUCCGCAAGGUGCCCUCCUUCACCUUCACCCCCACAGUGGCCUAUCAGAGAGGCGGAGAGGCCGUCAGCAGCGCAGGAAGGCCGGGUUUGUUGAAUAUAGGUGAACCAGCUACACAGCCCUGGCUUGCAGACACCUGGCCCAACAGCUGCUCCAAUCACAAUGACUGCACUAUUAACUGCUGCACUGGCAGCAAUGGAAACAGCGACAGCAACCUGGCAACUUACAGCCGCCCAGCCGACUGCAUUGCCAACUACAGCAACCAGAUGGACAACAAGGCCACCAACCUGCUGGCUCCAGACACAGGACUUUACAGCGAUGUGGACCUUUCCAACAAGAUCAACGAAAUGAAGACCUUCAACAGCCCUAACCUGAAGGACGGGCGUUUUGUGGGGCCUGGUGGUCAACCCACACCAUACGCCACCACUCAGCUCAUCCAGUCCAGCCUGGCCAACAACAACAUGAACAGCAGCAGUGGCGGAAGCGGAGGAGGAAGUGCUGACUUUAAUGAGAAGCAGAGCUGGAAGAGCAGCCAGGGAACACCUCAGAAACAGGCUGACAUCAACACACCACUGCAGUAUAACGUCAUGGAACAAAACAAACUCAACAAGGACCACUACCGAGGUGAGGGUCCCAUCUCAGUCACCAUCCCAUAUAACCAGGCCCAGGACGUCCUCACAGGAGAAACCUACAGCAGCUCGGACAGAGGGAGCAGCACAUCUGGAAGUCAAGGUCAGAAAAAGGGUGGACGGACAACUAAACAAGCCAAACAGAACCCAAUGAAUUGGACUGAUCUGUUGCCUCCUCCGCCGGUCAAUCCACCACCAUGUCAAGAAUACACCCUGGUGAUGGACGACAGUUAUGACACAGACCUGCAGUGCCCUUUGCCGCCGUCUCGGAUGUAUCUGCAACCUGACGAUUUGGAAGAGGAGGAGGACGAGGUGGAGCUGGAGCGUGGGCCGACACCACCUGUACGCGGAGCUGCUUCUUCACCUGCCGCCGUAUCCUACAGCCACCAGUCCACAGCAACCCUAACCCCGUCCCCUCAGGAGGAGAUGCAUCCCAUGCUGCAGGAUAACCCAGAUCUACAUGAGCGCAGGAGACUGUUAGUGAGUCCACCUCCUCCACCACGACCUCUCUCUCCUCCACACACAUACGGCUACAUCUCCAGUCCCCUCGGCCUGGACACGGACGGCCUGGAGGAAGAGGAUGAUGAUGAGGAAGAGGGUGACGAGACGGACGCAGAGGUGGCUCGAGUCCACCAGCACCACAUGAUGCACCCUCACCAGCAGCACUUGCCCCAGCAGAGGGCUCUCCUGCGGGGUCUGGAACAAACCCCGGCCUCCAGCACCUGUGACCUGGAGAGCUCUGUGACCGGGUCUAUGAUUAACGGAUGGGGUUCGGCAUCUGAAGAGGACAACGCCUCGUCAGGCCGUUCCAGUGCCGUCAGCUCAUCGGAUGGAUCUUUCUUUACCGAUGCCGAUUUUGCCCAGGCUGUGGCAGCUGCGGCUGAAUAUGCUGGUCUUCGAGUGGCAAAGCAUCCUGGGAAAGGACAUCAUCAGCUUCCAGUGUCUGGAGCAGCACGGAAAUACCAAAACCUCCCUGCGGGACACCGUCCAGGCAGCCCAGUGUCCACAGACAGUAACGUUAGCGCAGCCCCAGGUCAGAGGAGGCCUCUGAAGAGGCAAAAACAACAUCCAGCUGCUCAGACAGGCUACCAGCGCCGAGAGGCCUACACAGAGGAUCUCCCCCCUCCUCCGAUUCCUCCUCCAGCCAUGCUGAAGUCUCCAACACACCCGGCCAAAACCAUCCCGGAGGGUCCACGGGGGGCCAUGUCGCCAAGAUCCAGCUCUGCAGAUGGCAAGGACAGGCGAACGGGUGCUGGCGGGCCCAGGGUCAGGGACGGUUCAGACACCCGGACCAGCUCUUCAGAGCGGAGGGAUGGCCAGGAUGUACCGAGGGGGCAGAGAACGGGCAAGAAUAGCAAACAAGAUGCCGCUGUGAAGAGCCGCCAGCACCCAGGCUCAGAGGACAUCCUACCCUACAGUCGUCCAUCUUUUCCAGCUGUCCACAGUCCUCGAGGAGAACGGGACCCCAGUUCCUCCAGUUCACUGUCCUCUCGAGGGUCUGGCGGGCGGCGGAGAGGUGAAGGGCCUCCAGGGGCCCGCAGAAACCCUGCAGAUAUUGGGCUAAACACCAUAGGAGCCUUCCAGACUGGAGGGGACGAGCUUGAGAUGGUGGAGAGCUGAAGAUAAAAAAAGAAAAGAAAACUGCGUCAGUAACCAUCUUCAGUGCAGAUCGACCAUCUCAGCGGUGUCUUUAACUGAAAACUACCGACCCUGAGUCACGUUUGGAAAAGUGACCAACCAUUCUUCAUUUAUUUACCUUAAUUUCAAUGUGCAUUUAAAGAAGAAAAAAACAGACAGAAAAGAAAAAAAAAAAUAAACUAACGAAGGGUACAUUUGAGAGGGGCUAAAGCGGUUUUGUUUUGAUUCCAAUGCAAUAUGAUGCGUCCGAUUGCUCCUGAAACUUAUAAUGGCUUUGUUCACCAGUGGGUGAAGGUUGUCAGUCAACGGUUACUGUAAUGAAAACUCCAGGCACAAAGGGACUGACUGACAUGUACAUACACGUGUAAACAUAUCUAACUGUCUUUUAUAAUCCAUUGUGGUACAUUCGAUUUGUCUUCCUUGGCUUCUUUGAAUCAUUUUAAAUGACACCAGUUAAUAUAAUUUGUUUUUAUAGCCGCCGUCCUGGUUGUAAAUUGUCAUAGUGUUUAAACUGCCCCAGGAAAAGUGCCACAUUUUGAGAGUUCUUGUUUGUUUUUGUAAUGCACUGUUAUUAUUUCCUUUUUUUUUGUCAUUGUCGAUGUUUGUUGUUCUAUGUUUGACUUUGGUUUUAAAAGCACAAUCACUAAACUUUAUUUUGAACCAUGUUAUUGCUGAAAACCUUUUUGUCUUACGCGAGGGGAGCGCAGACGGUACGACAAAAGGCCUUGUUAAACCUGUCGAUGUAGGGUUGUGAGAAACGAAAGAAAAAAAAAAAAAGGAUAAGCUGUUUACAAAUGAGUGAAUGAAUGGAAACAAAUCCCUGCAUCCUUACCUUCGGUGUCUUUUCCAGAUUCUCAUUCCAGCUCAAGACGUCCUGCAGAAAUGAAAUGAAUAAGCAGGGAUGUUAUUGUUUACGAAAGUGUUGCUCCACCUCUGCACUUUUGUUAUAAAAAGCUAAAUCAUUUGUUUUCCGAUUUACAUAUGCACUUAACAGGAAGUGGGCGUCGGUUUGAGAAUCUAGGGUGCUUGUGAUUGGCUGGCCGAGGUCAUGUGUCGGUCAGGCUUUAAUGGGGUGAGGAUGUGAGUGUUAAUUCAUUUGACAUCUGCAAGCAUUUGUUUCUUAAAACAGAAAAGCAAAUUUAAAAAAAUGAAGAAAAAAAUAAAU